AUGAGGACUCCUGACCGAAUUGAUUCCGUGGAGUUCACCAACAACAGCACACAAACACUGAAAGUCGCCACUUUCUACUACAACACCACUGGCACAACGGGGAAGUCGCUGCUGGUGGAAGCAACCAUACAGCCUGGAAAGCGUUACCUGUUCCCAGCGAAGACGCAGACCAUAACGACCUAUACGGUGGUGAUACCUGUGGUGCAAGUGGUGGUGAGGCUGGCUAACGGCUUGAGCGUGCUGGUGAACCCCACAGUGAGGGGUGUGGUGGGAAUGUUGAAAGUGGUUGCAGGACCGGGCCCAAGUGACGGGCCCUCUGGAGAAGUGACGCUGACACAGACGGCGACACAGACCUGAUCUUCCUAUCCACCUGCCUUACCUACCUACCGACGGACCGACCUGCAAACAGUCGACUAGGGAGUGGUCGCUGCAUGAUGCAUCUCGUGGCAUAUACUGUAUGGGCAUAGCUAGCAAUGGAUCGGCGGACUGCUGGGGCUGCAUCGAUGUUGUCGCUUUUGCUCCGACACGGAAUGGAGGACGGCGGGAAGGGGAACCAAAGUUUGUUAUUGUGGUGAAGGCAGAUUCGCAAGGCAACCUUUGAUAUCUCCAUCCAAAUGUAUGUUCUACAUGUCUGAUAUCCGGUGUGUGUGUGUGUAUGCAUGUGAGAUAGGACGGACUACUACAACAUAGAAAUAGUACUAUACCGAAUGCACCGUGGUGUAUGUGUAAGUAGCGCCCACACAUGGACACGGAUGCAAGUAUGGCCAUUACCCCGACCAUGGCAUCACCCGGUGGGCUCAUUUACCACUAAGUCGCCGGGUGCACCUAGUGGGCGGAAUUGUUAGGUGGAAAGAUUGUUAUGUGGGUGACUGCGUAUGUGCAAGACACGUGCAUGGUGCUCCAGGUAGUUAAGGUUUGUAAAGCCAUGACCCGUCAGCACCUCUUGUUAUUAAUUACCCUCGGUGUUAGGUUUUCUCGUUAGUUGUUAAGUCGUUCACUUGACUCGUGGACACGCAUUUGGAUUAGGGAUAAUGUACGACCUUUCGGCGCCGCCUAGGCUCUGGAUAACUAUUUAAGUCGUUGUUGUUGUUUAGCUUGUUAUGUCAUCGUUGUUGCAUCUUGUAGGUUGUUAGCAGGCUUAAGUCGCUCGGCCAACAGUGUAACCAUCUUGACAUCCC